CUUCCCCGAGCGACCACCACCCGUCCAUGUGAUCACAUCUCUGCCACCAGCAGCCCUUUCACUGCUUCGCCUUGUUUCUCCGUACCAAAGUCACACGAGCAUUGCUAUUUAUUCUCCACGCACGCGGCGCAGAGUUCGAGAAGCCGGGGCUCACCGCAAUGGCACAUGCGAGCUCACACGGUGCAGCGCGUACCGGAUCAUCGGGCCGCAUGGCGCGUGCGGGCCAUGACACGCGGCCAUGCGGCGCCACCCACACGCGCGCAGGUGGCAGGCAUCUAGCGGUCGAUGUCCUUCAGCUGCUGUGCGUGUCCGCGUGCGCUCUCGCUCUGCUGCCCGCUCCAGCCGGAUCAGCACCGUCGCAGGUCCCGCCUGUCCCAGUCGGCCCUUCCCCGGUGGCGCCUGCCCCACAGCGCGCGGAGUUCUCGUUCUCGCUGCUCAAGAAAGUGUCGCCGGGCGCGCGGUGCCUCGACGGCAGUCCCCCGGGGUACUACUACCGGCGGGGCUACGGCACGGGCAAGCGCAACUGGCUGUUCUUCCUGCCGGGCGGCGCGUGGUGCUACUCCCCCCGCUCGUGCCGCAAGCGCACGCACACGCUGCUGGGGAGCUCGUCCCUGUGGCCCCACCCCGCCGACCCGGCCUUCCAAACCAAGCUGAAGCGUCUGACGGGGUAUGGCUUCACGGGCGUGCUGCACGGCAGCGCAGCGGUGAACCCGCUGAUGCACAACUGGCACGUGGUGGUGGUCGCCUACUGCGACGGCGCCGCCUUCUCCGGCACCCGCGGGCGCUUCAACACCUCGCGCACCGCCUCGCUGGUGGCGGGCGGCAGAAGCAUCCUCAAGAACGUCGUGCGCCACGUGCGUGUGUCGCGCGGUCUGCGCCGUGCGAGGCGGGUGGUGGUGGCAGGGUGUUCGGCGGGCGCGCAGGCGGUGGCCAUGCAGUGCGACGCGCUGAGCCACCUGCUGCCGCCCGGCGCUGUGAAGCGGUGCAUCAUGGACGGGGGGUUCUUCCCAGACUGGCGGGACAUGAGCGGUGUGUAUUUCCUGCGCAAGGUGGCGCAGCGCCUCGUGGCCAUGCACAACAUCUCUGGGGACUCCGACUGCCUCCGAGGGGAGGGCCCUGACAGCCAGUGGCGCUGUUUCUUCCCGGAGCACGGCGUGCGCCACGUGUCGACGCCACUGCUGGUGGUGAACUCGGUGAACGACGUGGACGCGCUCACCCUGCUCAACCUGCACAGCCCCAACCGCCGCCGCCUGCACCGCUGCCUGCUCAGCCUGGCAGGCCGGGGAAAGCCGCAGUGCUCCAAGGAGGACGCGGGCACGGCGCUGGCGUACACGGUGAGGGUGGCGGGGCUGGUGAAGGAGGCGGCGCGGCGCAACCCGUCGGUGAAGAAGUUUCUGUACCACGACCGCCUGCACUGCGCGACGUUAGAGAAUCGGUGGAGCUCCGUUCAAGGGGAUGGGGGGGCAUUGCGAGACGUUUUGAACUACUUUGCAUUGAGUUAAUACUGAAGUGAAACAUUUUGUUCACUAGGAGGCUCUAUGCCCCAAGGUGUGUCUCCAAGCCAUUUCUGAUUUCAUACCAUCGUG